AGUGGAACAAGUUGCGCACGUCCUUGUCAUACUUGUCUUGUAGAAAAAGAUAAACUCAAUGCAAUUAAGUUACCUACUAAACACAAAAUUAUUCGAACUGAAAAUCAAAUGCAACAAGUUAUUACAAUGAAAAAAGGAAAGGAUUAUUCAUUGCAUGAAGAAACAAAUUGUUUCUGGAAUCAUCCGCACAUGAUGAAAGUUAUGCCUUUCGUUAUUGAAGGUCUUUUUGAAGGAAAAGAAAAUGAAUCACUUGUUCGAAUGUUUGUUAAUUGGAAUAAAAUGUAUUAUCAAUCAAAAAAAUAUGAGUUUACUAAGUCAGAUCUUUUCGAAUUUGAGGUAACACGAUCGCUUACGCUUAAAGAAAUUUAUGAGCAUAUUGUAUUACAAGGUGACCAACCUAAAAUUAAUGCAGGAAAAUUUGGUAAACAAUACUGCACUAUACCGUUGCAUCUUCUGAAGUCAAUCAUUGAAUUAUAUAAACAUGAAGAAUAUUGUUCUGAAAUACUUGAAGGGUUGCAACAUUUCGGUCCUGCAUUGAAUGAAUAUUUCAAUCUUAUGUUUACAUUAAAAAAAAAUAUAGAGGAGUCAGAAAUAACUUUAAUUUUAUUUGAGUCUUUUAUAUUACCUAAUAAGGAAAAUGUAAGGGCUACGAAAAGUUAUUAUAAUACAUCAAUGUUCAGUGAUAUUGCCAUUUACAUGGACUCUGAACAGGAUUUUAACACAUUUGGUGGAUACUGCUUCGCGAAAGUUUUACUGUUGGUUCGUGUAGUACUGAAAGCCGCUACUACAUUUGAUCUCGCACUUAUUCGGUG